UUGCGGGAGAGUUGCGGGGCGGGCUGCGCUGAUUGGCGGCGGCAAGAUGGCGCCGUGUGAGGAUUAGAGCGGCGCAACACAAUAAGGUCCGGGCGGCUGCGGCGGGAGCGGGAGGCCCGGUGGGCAGCAGCAGCGCGACGGCGGCCCCAGGAAUACAGGUAACUGUAACCAUGAAUAACUCAUUGGAUAACGCUAUGUCAUUUGAGGAGUACAUUCGGUUGAAAGCACGCACUAUCCCCCAACACAGAAUGAAGGAGUUCUUGGAGUCAUUGGCUGCAAAGGGACCGGAGGCUUUGCAGGAGUUCCAGCAGACCACCAUGACAGUGUACCAGCAGGGCGGCAACUGCAUCUACACGGACAGCACCGAGGUGGCAGGUUCCUUGCUGGAGCUCGCCUGUCCCGUCACAUCCACUGUCCAGCAGCAGCAGGAGCACCAGAUUCAGCAGCAGGCUCAGCAGAUCCAGGUGCAGGUUCAGGUGCAGCAAUCUCCGCAGAACAUGUCGACACAGCUGUCUCCCCAGCUCCACCCAUCGCCCGACCAGAUUCAGGUGCAGGUGCAGCCGCAGCAACAGCAGUCCUCUCAGCAGAUGCAGAGCAUGCACAGUCCCAGCACGGCUCAGCAGCUGCAAGCGGCUCAGAUCUCGGUGCAGCACAUUCAGCCCUCGCAGCAGAUCCAGGCGUCAGAUAUCUCUGACGAACACAUCCAGCACCAGCAGAUCCAGGCCCAGCUCAUCUCCGGCCAGACGCAGCAGAUCCAGAUCCAGACCGUGGGCACCCUCUCUCCAUCUCAGCCUCAGGGCUCCCCUCGUGAGGGGGACCGGCGCUCCAGUACUUCGAACGUCCUCCAGCCCGUCAAGAAGCGCAAGGUGGACAUGCCAAUCACUGUUUCGUACACUAUCACCGGGCAGCCUGUGGCCACCGUGCUGGCCAUUCCACAGGGGCAGCAGCAAGGGUACGUGUCCCUGAGGCCCGACCUGCUGACAGUGGACAGCGCCCACCUGUAUACCACCACAGCUGGUACAAUCACAAGCCCCAGUGGGGAGACCUGGGCCAUCCCUGUGUACUCCACACAGCCUCGUACAGACAUGCAGCAGCAAACAGCCACGCACGUCGCCAUCCCUCAGGAGGCCUACAAUGUGGUCCACGUCAGCAGCUCGCCCACCGCUGUGGCAGCCGUGAAGCUGGAGGAGGACAAAGAUAAAAUGGUAACGUCUGUAAUGAAGAACUCUCACGAGGAGGUGGUUCACACGCUGGCCAACACCAUCUUCCCAGCACAGUUCAUGAAUGGCAACAUCCACAUCCCAGUGGCCGUGCAGGCAGUAGGAGGCUCGUACCAGGCACAGGCCCAGUCCGUGCAGCUGUGGGAUCCGCAGCAGCAGCAACAACAACUACAGGGCCAAGCAGUGCAGGUGACCGAAAUGGAGCCUCAGCCGAUGUCAGCUUCCGAGAUGCUUUUGCCAAACACCCUGAAACCAGAGGAAGGCCUUGGGGUCUGGAAAUGCUGGGCAGAGACCAAGAACGCCGAGUUUGACAAGGACUCUGAGAACAGGCCAGCCCCCAUUGGCCGCCGUCAGCCGCUGCGUUUCCAGGAGAAUCUCCUCUCAUCAGCGGUGGCAGAAUUGAACUACGGACUGUGUCUAAUGCUGAAGGAGGCUCGCACACCCGAGGGGGAAGCCUACAAUCCAGAUAUGCUCUACUACGUAUGUCUCUGCAUUCAAAAGUAUCUGUUUGAAAAUGGCCGAGUAGAUGAUAUAUUUUCAGAUAUCUACUAUACAAAGUUCACUGAGAGGCUACAGGAUGUAUUAAAGGACUGGCAGCCUCUGAUCAACUCUCUGGGUUACAUGAUCCCCAGUCACAUCACGGAGGAGAUGUUGUGGGAAUGCAAGCAGCUUGGAGCUCACUCACCUUCCACCCUCCUUACAACGCUCAUGUUCUUCAACACCAAGUACUUCCUAUUGAAAAGUGUGGAGCAACACAUGAAACUGGCAUUCACUAAAGUAGUCCGGCAAACAAAGAAGAACCCGGUGAAUCCCAAGGACAAAAGCACAAGCAUUCGUUACCUGAAAGCGCUGGGUCUGCAUCAAACCGGCCAGAAAGUUACAGAUGACAUGUAUGCAGAGCAGUCGGAAAACCCGGAGAAUCCUUUGCGCUGCCCCAUCAAACUCUACGACUUCUACCUCUUCAAAUGUCCCCAGAGUGUGAAGGGAAGGAACGACACCUUCUACCUGACGCCUGAGCCGGUGGUGGCUCCCAACAGCCCCAUCUGGUACUCCACCCAGCCCAUCAGCAAGGAGCACAUGGAGCAGAUGCUGACUCGGAUUCUGACAGUGCGAGAGAUCCAGGAAGCCUUUGCCAUGGCGGCUGCCAACCUGCACUAGAGCCUGGGCAGAGAGGCAGGAGCAGACGCACUACACGGACAGCAGGGCCUUCCUUCCCUGGUGUUUCACUGCGGAGGCCUGGGGAGAGUGUCGCCUGGUGUAUAUCUGGAUAAUUUAGCAUAAUCGGGUUGGCUCCCAGAUACAGGGAGUCUGGCAGUUGCCUUUCUCAAGUGGCAGAUUUGAUUUCAACUUUAUUUUUUGACGCGUGGCAGAUUUGAGCAGCUGGAAGCCCUGCUGGCUUUGGAGACUCGUGUCACAAACUCCGGCACCCACGGGGUGAACUCAUCAUGUCAUUGGUGUGAGACGGAUGUAUCAGUAAUCUUUCUGCCCGUUGCUGGCUUAACCUGACCUCCACUGAAGAGAAUUUAACCUGGAAGAGAGAAUGGAACGCUGAUGAAGGUUUAUAUAAUUAAAAGUUUUUCAAUACUUAAAACAAAAAUGAUGUUUUUUUAGACUGACUAGAACUGAAGACUUUUCACAUGCCGGCCACGUGCGAGGCUUUGACUCCAGGCAGAGAAAAAUUAUUGUAAUAUACUCGUAUACCAUUAUAAAGAGACCUUUGUUUUUCUGUA